AUGGCACGGGACGAAAUUAGCAUACGCAAUAAAAUGAAGCGGCAAGCGCUGUUUGCUGAUCUCAAGGAUCAAAAAAACAAGGACCGUCAUUCCAUGCGCAGAACCCGAGCCAAGGAAGAACGAGAAAACCCGGAACUUAAGGAAAAAAGACUUCAAGAGAACGUCACAAAUACCAUCGAUAGCUUGCGUGUUUAUGAUGAGACUAUUAGCCAGCCUACUGAUGGUGACGAAAACGAUUUUGCCCGCUUUUUCAAUCGCGGCACCGAACCCCCAAAGAUCCUGCUGACGACCAACGUCAAUGCCAAAAAAAAGGCUUACGAAUUUGCCAACGUGCUUAUCGAAAUUUUGCCCAACGUAACGUUUGUGAAGAGGAAGUUUGGCUAUAAGCUCAAGGAAAUGGCCGAGUUCUGCAACAACCGUAAUUACACCGACCUGGUGAUCAUCAACGAAGACAAGAAAAAGGUUACGGGACUAACGUUCAUUCACUUACCCGAGGGUCCAACGUUCUACUUUAAGGUCAGCUCCUACGUCGAAGUCCAGAAAAUCGUGGGCCACGGAAGACCGACAAGUCACAUCCCAGAGCUCAUUCUCAACAAUUUCAACACCAGGCUCGGGAAAACUGUGGGGAAGCUCUUUCAGUCCAUCUUCCCACGAAACCCAGACUUCGAAGGCCGUCAAGUAAUAACUUUGCACAACCAGCGAGACUACAUUUUUUUCCGCAGACACCGGUACGUGUUCCGCAAUGAAGAAAAGGUUGGUUUACAAGAGCUUGGUCCGCAGUUCACGCUAAAGCUGCAACGCUUGCAACACGGUAUCAAGGAAGAAACCGAGUGGGAGCACUCAGCUGCCAUGGACAAGGAAAAGAAGAAGUUUUAUUUGUGA